CAACUGGGGAUUGACACCGUUUCAUAUACUCGCCAACACCAAUUUUUACUCGCAUUUAGCACUUGCCGAGUGUUAGGCCCUGUAUGUAUAUAGACCUUUGAUAUUAUUUUCCUAUAAACCACUAGAUGGCACAAAAACUUGCCGCAGCACUUUUCUAAACAUCAGUUUUUCAAAAUGCACGUGCAAAUUUGUCUGAUCCUUGACGCGAUUGCGGGCAGCAGCGCAAAGUUGAUUGUGAGGUAGUUCGAUCUAAUUGAUGUUUUUUAAAAUGUUGUUGAUUUAAGUAGCAAAUAAGAAUCCAUUAAAUUAAUGUUUGUAUUUUCAGACAAAGGUCUUCUUAAUGAUUUUCAGUUUUGUUCAAGAUAAUUCAAGCAACAGUUUUUUAAUAACGGGUGAAUAUGUAAAAGUAUGGUAUUUGGGGUAAAAAGCGCCGCUGAUGUUGGGCAAAAGGCACAAUAAUUAACAUGAUAAUGAAUAGCUGGCUAACUUUCCCAUUUGAUUUGUUGACAUGACAUGGUUAGAUUCACAUAGCAAAUAUCAUAUAUCAAAUUGGGUAUACAUCUUAGAGAUAAAACCCAUAUUUAUAAUGAAACAAUCAUAUUUUAAAAUAUAUUAAUCAUAUCAUAAUAAAAUAUAAUUUAUUGUUACUACUGUAAAUCUAUAUUAAAUAGGCUAUUAUGGGAUCUCCUUCAGUGUUUUCAGAAUCUUUACUUGUUAAAAUUAUUUUGUUUCUGUAUUUCUGUAUUUUUAAAAUCUAUUUUUAUAUUUUAUAUAUAAAAAUAUAUAUCACAUUUGCUUAUUUUAAUGACAGUAUAUUUAUUGAACAAAAAUGAAUUCUUUUAUUUAUCAAAAUAAACAGAAAAUAGUACAAACUUUGCUAAAGUGAUUUCUUUUGAACAAGUAUUAACCGAGUCAUUAUUAAAAACAUAUUAUUUUAGCUAAAGUAUUUGUAUGAAUACAGUGUACCCGUGUGUGGGGUAAAAGGCCCCCCUCACCACCUCAUACAUUUAUAAGAUUUUUAAACAAAAUAACCACUUUAUGAUUUUUUUUUCACACAAAAUAUGUUGCUCCAUCAAUGUCCAAUACAAACAUAUAUAUUUUUCCUGCAAUCAUAUACUUUGAAAGUAGUGAAAAGCACAAUUUUUCUUAAGGUGUGCCUUUAGCCCCGUUGUACCCUAUAUAUCAGGGGCAUUUCCUCUGAGGAGGCAAGGGAGGCAGUGCCUCCUCAAAAAAAAAAAAAAAAGAUGAGAAAAUAAUCCAUAUUACAUAUAAAACAACACAAAUAUUACAAAUUAUGACAUUAAAAAUAGCGCAAGUCACUCGUGUUUCUUAAGGAACACUGUCCAACAGUGUUGUCCGACACCCGCAGGUAAAGUUACAGCAGGAGUCAUGCCUCCCUUUGCUCUCUUAGAAAAACCAUAGAAAACCAUCAGAGUCUGAUUUUUGUUAGGCCCUGUAUAUAUUAUAUAUAUAUACAGGGCCUAACAAAAAUCGAUAGUUUUGACAACACUACAUUGCACUUAGUUUAUUAUUUCAGAUGCUUUUUUAAAAGACUACAACUGAAAAAUGUGGCUAGUAGGAGUGAUUGCGUUACACACCACUGCUGAAAUCCACCCGCAUUUGGUAAGUGUUAAUGUAAAGCCUAUAUAUACAACUUUCUCACCUAAAACCUGGUACUGUUAGAUAUUUAUUAUCUGUACUGUUUCAGAUCCAUCUAACUGUUUGUAAAAUAAAUUUGUUGUAGUUGUAAAACAACCACAAGGUCAUAAACUGUUCAAGAAUUCAUUCUCAGGCCAUGCUACACAAAUCAUUCAUUGUGAAAAGAUUCAGCUAUGAGUUAAAAACUGGCACACCUUUUAGAAUCAGCUGAUUCAUAAAAGCUGCUGACCUAUUUUAGACACUUUUGUGACGUUCAUGUAAACCCCAUAAGGAAAGGGUUAACAGGCAAUGUGAUUAUCCCAUCUUGUGAUCCCAUUUCCAGCCAUGAAAGAAGGUAUUUUAUUUGUGCAGAAAGGAACGUAUGCACACACACUCACUCACCACUUCAGUACAGACACUACUGGAGAGCUGCUAACCCUGUGUUAAGAGGUUGAUCAGCUCAUUAUGUGUCCUGAUGCCGUGGUGGUGGGCUGCCGACCGCAUUGAAGAGUGUGAGGGCAGUGACAUGGAGGCCGGGCCCCCGACCCCUGGUGGUCCUGCUGUGGUGGAGGGUCCCCAAAGGCUCUCUUUUGCCUACCAGGGCCUCUUGGAGAUUCCCUAUGACACCAUCCUUCAGCAACAGGACACUCUGGAGGUUCUGGACCUCAGUUACAACUUGCUGGAUGAGAACCCUGCUCUUUUGGGGGGUUUGGAGAAGCUCAGCACACUCAUCCUGGACUGCAACAACUACAACGCACAUGUCAAAUUCCCCUACAUGCCCAGCCUCACCACCUUGUGGAUCAACAAGAACAAAAUCAGCAACCUGCCCAUUAUUGUGGAAGAGAUCUGUUGCAAGUUCCCAAAUAUCAAAAUUCUUAGUAUGAUGAACAAUGAAGCAGCACCCAGUUACUUUAAUGGAGGCAGUCUCACGCAGUAUAUUGAUUACAGGCAGUAUGUGAUCAGUCAGAUACCCAGUCUAGAGGUGCUGGAUGACACAGAGGUGCAGGGAAAAGAGCGUGAACUGGCCCGAAAGACCUACAGGAUGCAGAGAAUCAGAGAAGGCCGCAGCAGGAGGAAGGAGCUUCAUCGCUAACAGAGAAUUGUUAAUCAUAUCACACGCUUUCCUGGGCUGGAUGCCAAGACACUUACUAUCCCACAGCAAUUCAAGCAGUCAUUACAGACUUCAUGAGCUUCAAAGCCUGUUGACAGGAAGUGAAUUUACUCAUCCACCAGAUCAUAUUUAAACUUGGAUUUGAAGCCACAACAAAUAAAUAUGAAAUGGCAUUGGAAAUAUUUUUACUGCUUUUUUUUUUGCUUUUCAAAACAAUGAUCUGAUCAACAAUAAUGAUUUGAUAACAAUGAGUUUUUAAUACCUUUAAGAGUCAAACUUAAUAAAUCUUCGAAGUAACUGACACACUUUUUAUUAAGAAAGAUCUUUUAAUAUUAUAUUAAAUCAUAAAAAUCUGAUUGAAUGAGCCACAUUCAAAGCCACUGUAAAUACUGCACACAAUUUGAAUUCUAUAUUAAUGUGACAAGCUUACAGUUAGGGUAAAUGAACUAUAUUACAUGGAAGAAUAUGUAACUAUUAAAGUCAAUAUGAAUUCAAAAUUGACAUUUCUUGUUUUUUUUUAUUUUUUUUAUUGCAGUAUUUAAUAUACAUAUAUUUUCUGUGCACAUAAUUUUUUUUUUUCAAUUCUUGUGUCUUUAAUAAAAAUAAAUUGCCCUCCCUUCCUGCAGCGAUAUCUCUACUCUGAUGAAGUGUUUACUGGCGUGAGGGCGGGACAACCUGUCACUCACAUGAGAUCCGCCAAUAGCAAACCACAGAUCCAAUCAAUUCAUGGACAAAAUGAAGUCCCGCCCUACAAUUUUGUCUUGAUCAAGAAGCCGUUUCACCUUAAUAUACAGUAAAUCUUCCGUUUCAUACCGACUUUAAUGUGACAAGUUGCAAAGCAACCGCGAACAGCUUAUGGCAAGGAUUAAUGAACUAUGAUGUUGAAACUAUUUUAUUUGAAGCAAUAAACCAAUAAAAUAGUCUAGUUUAUUGCUUUGAUAUAAUUUAUGCUAAAGCAGAUUAUUGAUAUCAAAUAAAAAUCGCUUACAGUAUGCUCUUGUGAUAACUCAGGAUGGCAAAAUAAAUUGCAGUCAACAAUUUUCGCAACAGCCUUCGACUCGGAACCGGACCGCUUUUGUAGAACCAAAUGUAGGCUACUAACAUAUAUUUAUCUCUAUUUUAGUAUCUUCAUGUAGAGUAGGCCUAUGUUCUUUUUUAAAAACAAAACUGCCCCCUCACAUCAUUUAAUAGCCUACACUAUGCAGGAAGUUUUGUAACUGGAUCAUGCUAACAGACCUCAAAUUAUUUUUGUACCGAGUUCAU